AUGAAUAGUGGGGUUAGGGUUUCCAUUCCAAACAACGUAAGAAAGACGAUCCAGAACAUUAAGGAGAUCACGGGUAAUCAUAGUGAAGAUGAGAUAUAUGCAAUGCUUAAAGAGUGUUCCAUGGAUCCAAACGAGACCACCCAGAAGCUCCUUUUGCAGGAUCCAUUUCAUGAAGUAAGGAGGAAACGCGACCGAAAGAAAGAGAAUCCCAUCAAAGAAUCUACAGAGCCUAGAUGGAAACCUGGAAUGCAGGGAAGGGGGAAUAGAGGAGGUCGUGGAAGUGGGGCCUACUCAUCACGCCAUAAUUCUCAUGAUGCAGGAAGCAACAGGAAUGCUGUUUCUGGAAAGGAAAAUGAAAUCCUUCAAGGUGCAAAUGAUGGUGUAAUCAUACCUGCAACUCAUGAUAAGAAGAAUAAAGAGAAAUCCAUGGUUUCAAGUUCUUCCAAUAUUGCCCCUGAUAUUCCAGUUUCUGAGAAAACUACUUCUGUCCCUGAUGCUCAUUUAUCUGCUUCAGAUCCAAUUCUUAUGCCAUCACAGGAUUCACGGAUUCCUGUUGGUACAAUCAAACGGGAAUGGAAACCAAAACCACCAACAACAAAUCCUAUUCCUGUUCAAGUUCAAGACCCUGAAACCUCUGAUUCCAUUCCGGUGCCCGUUAUUCCAGUCGAACCUGUCUCUUUGUUAACACCGGAAUCCACUAUUCCGGACCCAAAGGAGAUCAAGCUAGAGGAACCAGAACCAGAACCGGAAUCGGAAUCGUACAUUCCGGACACUCAACAUGUUAUAAUCCCAAACCACCUUCAUGUUCCUGAAGCUGAAAAACUAGGGUUUCGUUUUGGAAGCUUUGAUUUCAACUCAGUCUCUUUGAAUGAUCCUGUGAGUGACAAGUGUCCUGUUUCCAACCCUUCUGAAGGAAUCACUGAACAUAUAGAUGAACAAGAUACAGUUGUAACUGUAACUGCUGAUGAUGUAGAUGAUCAUGAUCCUGAUCGUCCAUCUGAAAACUUAUCAACCGAAGGUGACAUGUCAUCAAGUGUGGCCCACGAGCCCAAACAAGAGCCUUCUCCGCCAGGUCAUCAAUAUCCACUGGUUAGUUUUGGCUUCAUGCCUCCAAUAAUCGGGACCCACAUUGCACCUUUUGAAAACACCGAAUCCCAACCUUCUCGUGUCCCAAGUUUUGUUGUUCAACAACCGUUUGAUCCAUCGAGCUACUACCCUCAUUUUUACCGUUCUGCCCCUGAUAAUGAUGGGCGGGUGUCACCCUUUCAUCCACCAGGGCCAGGGGCCCCACCUAAGUACAAUGGAAAUGUUGCAGUUUUAUCUUCUCAAGAGGUUGGGAACUCGUUAAUGUCAACACAAGUUAUGCAGAGUUCAAUAGCAGUGACUCAGCAACCACUGCCUGUGUUCAGACAACCAACAGGGUUACAUUUACCACAUUACCCUCCAAAUUAUAUCCCAUAUGGUCCCUAUUUUUCACCAUUUUACAUUCCACCUCCAGCUAUUCAUCAGUUUUUGAGUAAUGGUGGAUUCCCACAACAAGGGCAAAGUGGGAAUAUGUACCCAGGCCCACCAGUGGCAACUGGUAAAUAUCCAGGUCAGCAAUAUAAGCCCGGGGGUAAUUCCGGAAAUCCGGGUCAAGGAUAUGGGCAUUUUGGGUCGACCCAGGGUGGUAAUUCGGCUUCUAAUGAAGAUCUUGGUGGACCCCAGUUUAAGGAAAGUAAUGUCUAUGUUACAGGGCAACAGACUGAAAAUCCAGGUGUAUGGAUUGCUACAGCUCCUGGAAGAGACAUUUCUGGUUCUUUUUAUAAUCUUCCUCAAGGAGGUCAAGUUGCAUAUACACCAACACAGCCUACAUUUGCUAGUAUCUAUCACCACCCUGCACCACCAGUAACCACCACAUCCCUCCACCCACUCCUCCACCAGCCUCAGACAAUGACGGGAGGUGUUGAUAUGGUGGGACCCACAUCCAGCAUGUAUCAGCAACAACAGCCACCACCUCAGCCUACCCAAAUCAACUGGCCUAAUAACUACUGAACAAACAUCGAGUCCUUUUUCAAACCAACAAAAACAAAUACCCAAAUCUUGAAUCUUGAAUCUUAAAUCUUGAAUCUUGAAUCUUGAUGAUGAUAAAGUGUUACAAAAGUGGUGGAUUGGAUUUGAGUGUAAAUCAUCUAAAGUCGGUAUCUUUUUUGAUUUGAUAGGAAGGGGGAGAUAUAAAAGGCGAAAGUUGUCCUCUCAUGUAACUGAUAAUUUGAUCAAUUUUUGAGUUAGUUGCUUGAGUUGACCGGUAGAGUUGACUAUCUUGAUUCUUGAUUCUUGUUUUUUGUUUUUUCAUUUGAAAAAAAAUUGAAGUUUUAUAGGACUUGAUGAUUGGGGUUUUAGGGAGUUUGGUUUGGUGUUCCAUGUAAAGUGAAUUUUGAUAGCAAGAGGGGUUUAUGAUGUACUUGAAAUGUUGUAAUUGGUAUUUGGUAAUUGGUAUAAGCAGAAGCAAAAAGCAGCAUUCAAAAUUCAUA